AGAUUCGUGAUUCUUCCAAUUUUGUCAGCUCUCCAACGAAACAGCAUUUCCAGUAUUAAGCUCCAUGUCAACACGUCCAAUGGAGCACUCGUAGGCUCUUCGCUGCGUAAAUCCCUAAUGACUCGCCAUAAUCUGGAUAUCCACGUAUCUUGGCUUCUAUCGCAGAGCGACUCACAAAUUGCUGAAACCUGCGCCCACAACAGAACUCAUGUUCCCCAACGACUCGAUUCUUUUCAUAAGGAACCACAAAAAGAUUAUAAUGAAGAACAGAGCUCUACCCUCACAAGCUCUGUACCAACCAAUCCAAAUGAUUUAAUUGCUAUAAGUCAACAUUCUAGAAAUAUGAGUUCUUUUGGGUCUAAAUCAAUGGGUAAACUCACAUCUGCUUUAAAAACAUCUCGACCAAGCCUCAUCACUGGACAAAUAACCACCUCUGUAUCUAAAUUGCUUCCAAAGCCAACCCCUAAUAAAGAAUCAGCAACAUGCCCAAAAGAUCCCAACAAAGAUCUUCCUUUUACUAAAAUUAACCGUCAAAAUUUACCGGCCGGCAACAAAUCACGUCGAGCACCUUUAAGCCCUAGGCCGACCUCCGAUCAGAGACAAGAAGUUUGUCAUAAAAACGUCGAAUCUGUUGACCUGACGAGUGAAAAUGAAGAGGAUUUAUUGAUGCUGUUUAAUGGUCCAGAUUUUAUACCUAUUGAACAACAGACUAGCUCGUAUAGUUUCGACAAAACUCCUGACCCAAAAGCAUUUUACCAGAAAUCCGAGAAGGAAAAGAAUAACCACACCGUAAAUAGCGGGUUCCCUCUAGUGCUGCAUAAGAAAAUUGCACAAAACUCUUUUGUUAAGCAAGAUGAGUUUGUUGACGUCGAUGAGGUUUUAACAUUCCAAAAAACAAAUAUAUCAUCGGAUGAAACUCAGACACAUGCCUCGCAGUCUCUACAUGACGAUAAGGAUUUACCAUCUGAAAAAAUAGCACCAGUUGAAACACCAAUACCCCAGAUCUAUGGCAAAUCCGAAGUAAGUCUUCAGAAUCAGGCCAUGUCGGCGCCUAAAACUCCGAAAGCCCCUCCUAUUAAUACAAAAAUACAAGCUUCACUCUCAUCUAAUCCUAAAACCCAGUCUAUCGAUGGAGGUCCCGAAGUUACGGCCGCUGUCCAGGUUGCCGCGUCACCUUCUAGACAGAAAAUUAUCUUCGACACUACAAAUUCUCAGGUAAGACAGGAAUCAAAUGAGUACUGGAAACAAAUUGUCAUAAAUGACUCAGACGAUGAUGAGCUACUGCCUGAUCUAGAAAGAGUUUUUAGCUCUUCGAUUCACAACUCAGCGGAAAACAGUCCGCAAGAAGCUGGCCCAUAUCCAAGCUCCAAAGUAACUGGUAUCAACGAAGUUAGUCAAAUUGUCAAAACGAAAGGUUCAAUGAGUUCUACGACCUCAGCUAAACCUACAGAUCCCCACCCAAGAAUACCACAAAAUUUUGCUGAAAAGCCAGAAGUUUCUCUCUCGCCUCUCUCCCUUGAAAAAAAACCAAAUCUACAGGAGUCUCUAAUAGAAGAAUCUAGUCAGCUUCAAACACCACCAUCCUCACUUUUUAUGGAGGAUAAGAAACUUGUAAACCUAUAUCUAAAGUACCCAUCUUCUAUUGAAUUAUUUCGUGAGCGUGCUUCAAAUUCACUCGCUCAAAACUCAAUCGCCUCAAUGGCAUACAUUGAUGCUGAUGAACCCGCCCCGCUACAUCUAAAAGAUGAGCGCCGAAAAUUACUCGGUAAUCUUAAAUCAUACGCUGAGUUAGAGACCUUGCAUAUAAAACAUCAGUCCCUCAUAGAUGAGAAAAAGACCCUUGUCCGCAGAGUGAUGGAGCUCCUCGACAGCAAUAUGGACACUAGCUCUCAGGAGGAACGACAAUCAGCUAUUUCUCAAGAUGUCAAGACCAUAGAGCACCAGCUUGCUAAAUUGUUACAUUCUUCUGGUGCAGUUAAUGACGGAUUUGGCUCUGAGAAUAACGACAACACUUUCCUCAAAAACCUACACCCAGUAGCAAAUACUAUAGAAGAUGUUAUUCCUAAGAAGCUCGCACGUAGUGCCACAGAAAAACUCCAAGCAGAUGUAAAUUCACAGUUUCUCACGAAACAAAAGGAUUUAAUCAGAUCUAAUAAUACUUCACGCGAGCUAUCACCUUUUCAAAAAUCUCCUCACACCUAUAGCUGUCUCCCGACACGCUCUCAUUUACUUACAUAUUCCGUGUCACCAUCUCCAGCAAGUCACACUUUCGAAUCUACCUCUAAUAUGCAGCGGCUUACCAGUAAAAAACCAGAAUAUAAUCUCCUUAACAGUCAGUCAAGAGAAUUUCAUAAUUCUCACCAUGAUACCAAACUUUUUGAAGAAGAUGAGGAUAUUUCUGCAACACUUUUAAACGAGGCUCAGAGGACUGAUGAAGAGCAGGAUGAGGUAGAAUUUUACGGUGAUGAAAGUUUUGGAGACAGUGAAUAUGAUGAAGACAUGCUAUUCAUUGCUCAACAAGUCGAAAAUCAGGAUCCAACCUCACACACGAAAAAUAGUAUCAAACAGCAGCCUAUAUCUGGCGAGUCUAGGCAUUUAAAUGAGGGCUUGAAACUAAACUGCCCUAGUAACCAGAAGAAUAUGUACUCUCCCGUAGAAAACCAAGCUCUUCUUUUCAGGUAUCCAUGGUCAAAGGAUGUCAAAAAAAUGCUCAAAGAGCGCUUUAAGCUAAAAGGGUUUCGGCAUCACCAGCUAGAGGCUAUCAAUGCGACUCUAAACGGAGAGGAUGCUUUCAUCCUAAUGCCUACCGGCGGAGGGAAGUCUCUCUGCUAUCAACUGCCCGCGGUAGUACAAUCUGGAAAAACCAAAGGAGUCACCAUAGUAGUUUCACCACUUCUCAGUCUUAUGCAUGAUCAAGUCGAACAUUUGAGGAAAAAUUACAUUCAAGCUGCCACAAUAAAUGGAGAUACGGACAGUAGUGAGCGACGAGAGAUAAUGAACAACCUCCGACAGCAGCAUCCUGAGCAACAUAUUCAGCUUCUUUAUGUCACUCCUGAAAUGGUCAGUCAAAGCGGUCAAAUGGGAGAUAUUCUAUCAAGCCUUAAUCAAAGGUCAAAGCUGGCUAGAUUUGUCAUAGACGAAGCACAUUGUGUAAGUCAAUGGGGUCAUGACUUUAGAAAGGAAUAUAUUGCUCUCAGCAGACUGCGUAAAGAUUUUCCUUCGGUUCCAAUCAUGGCUUUGACAGCUACUGCGACAGAAAAUGUUAAAAAUGACGUUAUCAACAAUCUUGGCAUGGGUAAACCUCCUAUCUUUAGUCAGAGCUUUAAUCGACCAAAUCUCUACUAUGAGGUACGACCAAAAAGCGGACGGAAAAUGCCAGAACUUUUAAAAGAAAUAGCAGAUUUGGUGACUCGUAAGUAUAGAGGACAAACUGGAAUAAUUUACACGCUCUCCCGUAAGGGGUGUGAGGAUAUGGCUAAAAAACUCUCCAAGGAAUUCAAUAUCAGUGUUCAUCACUAUCAUGCUGGCAUGAAAUCUGAAGAGAAGACUAAAGUACAACGUGAUUGGCAAAGUGGAAAGCUUCAAGUUGUAGUUGCAACCAUCGCCUUUGGAAUGGGCAUUGAUAAACCAGAUGUUCGGUUUGUCAUUCACUACACCAUUCCAAAAAGCCUGGAAGGGUAUUAUCAGGAAACAGGUCGCGCUGGCAGAGAUGGUAAAAAGUCUGGAUGCUACCUAUAUUAUAGCUGGGGCGACACUGUGAUGCUAAGAAAAUUCAUUUUUGAAAGUGACACUAAAAAUGACCAAAAAAGUACUGAUCAGAAAGAAAGAGAAUGGACUAUGCUUCAGACUAUGAUCGGAUAUUGUGAUAAUCGAGCGGAUUGUCGGAGAAUGCAGGUUCUCCGAUAUUUCGGAGAAACAUUCUUGAAAAAUAACUGUCGGCAUUCCUGUGACAACUGUAGCUCGGGAAUUCUCUAUGAAAGUAAAAAUUUCACUAAUUGCUCCAAAUUUGCCAUGGGAAUUGUGCGGCAUCUGAAAAGCCACAAAGCAACCGUUCUCAACUGUGUAGAGCUACUACAGGGUAAGAAAACGAAAAGUCUUUCAAAAUUCAAUGCCGAAAAUUUUGAAGAGUUUGGAUCAUGCAAGGAAAUCUCCCGAGGUGAUCUCGAGCGUGUCAUGUAUCGUCUUAUUUUAGAGAAUGCCCUUGUGGAAGAAAGUGUCGUCAAUGUCGGAAACUUUACCAGUCAAUAUAUUAGGCUUGGUCCAAAUAGCCGCGACUUCAUGACCGGACGUAGGAAAGUGCACCUAGAUGUUCCGGUGGAAUUAGGAAAGUAUUCAACGACUGACUCAGCAUCUAAAUAUCCUACCUCGACUAUUCUAACGUCACCAAUACCACAUACCAUAUCGAAAAGACAAACGAAGCAAUCAUCCUGUGUCUCUGAGGCAAAACGGCGUAGAUGUACACCCAAAGCAGAUUUUGGGACUAUUGUAGAGCCGGCGUCAAGUCGAAUCUGUAGGCUACCAAAAUCCAUGCUAGGUCCUCCUAUCACUAUAGAUCAACAACUAGCUCAGCUUCCUGACAUUCAUCGAGAUUUAGUUUAUAGUUUUGUUGAACAGGCAAAGGUUGUCGAAGAAAGACUUCGGAAUAAGACAGGAGUAAGAAAGCCAUUUUUCUCCGAAGCCAAUUUUCGAGAAAUGGCUAUAGCAUGGCCCAUGACACUAGAGGAUAUGAAAGAAAUGACUGGAAUCAAUAUUGAAAGGGUGGAAAGCUAUGGCGAAUAUUUCAUUCCGUUGGUGAAACACUUUUACAACUCCUACAACGAAAUGAUGGGAUCCAAAAUGCAUGAAAAAGAAGGAGACAUGGAUAGGAAUCAUCAAAAUGUGGUCAUUGUCUCAGAUGACGAUGAUGAUGAUCAUGAGUCUAUCUUAGAUGAAGAACAAGAAAUUGCUGUCCAAACUGCCGAAAGGUCACAUCACUUCUAUCAUCCUACGCAGAACGAACGAGGUACUCAGAGAGAUUUUCGAUCCGGCAGGGGCAGGGGCAGGGGCAGAGUUAGCAAAAAAUCUGUGUCGCGGAAGAGCAACCGGGCUGCCACUGGACUUCUGAAUGCAGGUAUUGUCAAAAGAGGAAAGCCAAAGAGUAUCCGAAGCGCAGGAACCAGCGGAUCAACUUUAUCUCGGAGAUAUAUGUAUGGCGGAGGUCACAAUGGCACAAGUAGUGGCAUUGGAAUGAUGCCGACAUGA